GAGGACCUCUUGAUAGGGAAGAUCAUCGCUGAAGCGGAGCCAAGUCACGUAUAUUGCAUCAAGACUCUCCCAAAGCUACCGACGUGGGGGGCAAAUAGAAUUGUCUUGGUUGGAGAUUCAGCCCAUGCCAUGUCACCUAUCACGGGGCAAGGGGCGUCGCAGAGUCUGGAAGAUGCUCAAACCUUCGCUUUGCUUCUAAGCAAUAUGUUGCGGAAGUUUCACGCUGAAGAAGUGAACAGCAAUUCGUGGUCAAUUACCUUUGAGCGAACCCUCUCAUUGUACUAUGAUAUGCGUCACCGACGAGUUGCUGUAGGUCGCGCUCUUGAUAAACGCAUGCUCAAAACGCAGCCUUUGGCAGAGUAUAUCAGAUACAUUCUGUUUCGGGCAAUCAAUAGUUUCCCAUAUAUAAGUAAGUGA